AUGAGUGCAGUUGACGAGCGAGUCGCUGAAAAGAGGAAAUUGGAGGAAAAGGAUACUGAAAAUGGUGUGGCCGCUAAGGGAGCAAAAAUUGAAAAUGGAGUCGUUACAGCAGCUGGUGAUGCUCAAGUUAGAGAUCUGAGACCAGACAAGAAUGCUUCCCUGAAAGAAAAUAAAGAAAAAACAAUUAAUGAAAAUCAUGAUGGUGAACGCGAAGAAGAUGGUGAGGAAGCAGCAGAUGGAGAAGAGGGUAUCGAAGAAUCGAGCGGUGGUGAAGAUGACGAAAGUUUAGGCGAUGAGGAAGAUGGAGGUAGCGAAGACGAUGAAGCGAGCAUUGGAUCCGAGGAAAGUGAUGGCCAAGGUGAUGGUGAAGGGGGUGAUUUUGGGGAUGAUGACGAUGUGGAGGGAGAAGAAGGUGGUGAAAGCGAAGAGUAA